UGGGCCGGGCGCAUGGAGGCCGCAGUGGAGCGGCCCACCGCCAAGCAGCCGCUUUGGCUCAAGGUGGACCGUGCGGUGCAGCGCGCCGCGCGGGUGGAGUCCGCCAGGAUGAGGUGCGCGCUGGAAGCGACGGACCCCGACCAGCUGCAGGCAAUGAUGACCUGGUGGAUGGCCCGAGACCCCACAGCGGCCUCGUCCGGCGGCACGGCCACCGCACGCCUGCUGCAGGAAGACGCGUCGAAGGCUGAGGAGGGGGAGGGCGAGACCCUCGGGGCAUUGCUCUUCUCUGAGCGCUUGCACCGGAGGUUUCCAUACACCUCCUUCUAUGGCCCAGAUGACUAUGCCGUGGGUGGUUCCGUGUCAGAGGC